GUGGCCGGAGAAGAUACCUCUCCUCCUCCUCCUAUCCUCCCCCUCCUCCUUCAGGGGGUCCUUCUCCUUCGAGUGUCCGGGGGAGUGAAGUGUUAGCUGAGGAUGCAGCGGCACACGGGGCGGGACAUGUGGGACGCGGAGGAGUGCCAGAGCCCGCGCAUGGGCAGCGUCAUCCUCGGCGUCGACGGCGGCGCCAGCAACACCGUCUGCGUCUGCAUCCCCGCCGCCAUGCCCUUCAACGACCCGCUGCCCGUCCUCUCCCGCACCGUCGCGGGAUGCUCCAACCACAACUCCGUCGGAGAGGACAGGGCAAGGGAGACCCUGGAGAGAGUGAUGUCGCAGGCGCUGCUCAAGGCGCGCCGAAGACGAUCAAACGUCUGCGCCGUUUGCUUGGCCGUAGCAGGCGUCAACCAUCCAAUUGAUCAGCAGAGAAUGCUGGAUUGGCUCAGGGAGAUCUUUCCAAGCCAUGUCAAGCUGUUUGUCGAGAACGACGCGGUGGCAGCAUUAGCAAGUGGAACCAUGGGCAAGCUCCACGGAUGCGUGCUGAUUGCAGGGACGGGGACGAUAGCUUAUGGGUUCACCAGGGACGGCAGGGAAGCCCGAGCAGCAGGUGCAGGGCCGGUUCUAGGUGACUGGGGCAGCGGGUAUGGGAUUUCUGCACAGGCAAUGACAGCAGUGGUCAGAGCUUAUGAUGGCAGGGGUCCUGAAACGGUGCUUACAAACAACAUCCUUGAUUUUCUUGGGCUGGCAUCACCAGACGAAUUGAUAGGAUGGACAUACGAAGACCAAUCGUGGGCUCGCAUUGCUGACCUUCUUCCGGUUGUGGUAGAAUCUGCUGAGAGUGGUGAUGUGGUGGCAAACAAGAUCCUACACAAUUCAGUUGGUGAACUAGCUUCCAGUGUCAAAGCUGUAGUGCAAAGGCUUGAGCUUGGCGGUGAAGAUGGCAAAUAUCCAUUUCCACUUGUUAUGGUUGGUAAAGUCCUUGAGGCAAACAAGAGGUGGGACAUUGGGAAAGAAGUGAUAGAUUGUGUCACAAAACAUUACCCCGGUGCUUAUCCAAUACACCCCAAGGUGGAGCCAGCAGUUGGUGCAGCAUUAUUAGCAUGGAAUGCUAUAGCAAGCGAAUUAGAUGGCGGUAUUAGAAAUGUUCAAUAAUGAAACUUUCUACACAUUAUUGUAUAUUAUGUUAGCGUAAAACUUUCACCUAGCAUUAUCCAUUGGCUGUAACAGAUUGCAUGAAAAGCUUGUAACCUUGUCAAGAAAAGAAAGUUUUACUAAGAAA